CUCACCUUUUAGAUCCAAAAAUCCUCUCUCAAUCUCUCGCUCCCCCUCCUGCACUCAUCCUCUUCCUCCGGCGAGUUCUUCGGCCACCGGCGAAGCUGUCCGUACGUCGCUCCUGUCUCUCUCACUCCGGCGACGUCUAAGGCCACCAGCGAAACUCCUGUCUCUCUCACUUGAAUUUACAAUUUUGUUGCCAAGAAAAGAUUACAAUGAUAUCUUUUACUAUCUCUAUUGUUGCAUUUACAGGCUUCUUGCACGGGAAGAGGAGCAGGAAGAGGAAGAGCCCACCAACUAAACAGAACCAAUUGGACGCACAAUCUCAGUCAGAUUCAUGCUUUGUCUUUCAUUUGGGAAAAAUUGCAUUUUUAGGGUAAAACUUUGCUGGUGGUGGUUGUUGCAGAUUGCUACAGCUUGAAGCGAUUUUGUUAGAAAAAAUAGAAAAGAAAUAGGAAAGAAAGGAAAAUGCAUCAUCCUUUAACACUACACAAGCACCCGAUGUGCGCCGAAAUUAUUGAGGAGUUCCAAAAGUGUCAUAUAGACCAUCCCAUUGGGAAAUUCUUUGGUGAAUGUACAGAUCUCAAAAUAAAGCUUGAUCGUUGUUUCAGGGAGGAGAAAGCUCUGAAGCGGAAAGCAAAUUUUGAGCAGAGUAAGAAAUUGAAGGAAAGACUACAAGCUUUUAGGAAGGAAACUGCUGAAGAGAACAACCUUGUUCAAAGUUAAUGGGGAAGUGAGAGAUCAACAUCUUCAUGGUAAACAGAAGUUUGAUGAUUACUCCAAGAGCACUCAUCCAUGAACUGUUGCUGGUGCAAAUAACAUAAAGAAACUGUUGUUGUAGGAAACAUGACUUGAUAUUUUGUUGCACAUGAUGUUUUCAUGGUGCUUAUUUGUUUUGUUGAAUUCGUGGGAAUUAAUCACAUUUGUAUUUCCUAUUUAAGCUAUUCACUUUUUAGUUGCUGGAGAGGGAUAUUUGAUAAUUAUGCAUGAAAUG